GGGCGGUGAGGGUAUUGACGGCGGCGGGGCGGGCCGAGUAACGUGGUGGUAAGGACUGCCCCGGCUUUGGCCUCCCGCGGGGCGGGGCGACGAGUAGUUCAUGCUUUGCAGACCUGUGGGUCGUAAUUUUCCUAACUGACCCCGAUUUCAGCCUCUCCGGUGUGGGCGAGCUUCGGUUGCACGCUGUGACCCGUCACCUCCUGAAGAUGCAUCCUGACUUAUCUCCACACCUGCACACGGAAGAAUGCAACGUCUUGAUUAAUUUGCUUAAGGAAUGUCACAAAAAUCACAGCAUCCGGAAGUUUUUGGGGCAUUGUAACGAUCUUGAUCGAGAGAUGAGAAAAUGCUUGAAGAAUGAGUACAUGGAAAAGAGAACCAGAAGCAGGGAACACGGCAAUGAGAUGCGAAAAAGACUUCUCCAUCCUUCUGAGGAAGCUGGAAAAUAAGUUGUUUUUCCCCCGGAUGGUGACCGAGAGAGGACCUAAGGACUGCUGAUGGGCAGCGGAAAGAACCCUUUCUUACGUGGUCUCAGAGUCCUUUGAAUGGAGAGUGGCCCGGGAAGAGCUGAGCUGUGGGCAGGUGUGAGAACCUGGCUUCUGCACACGUGCUGAGCCGCGCUGUGGGGCCGUCGCUUCUGCCCGCACACCUGCCCGCUGUGUGUAUCCCCCUGUCUGCAGCCACUUGAGUAACUUACCUCCCUCAAUAAAAUAUUUAAGACGUUU